GUGGUGGUGGUGGUGAGGGUUGGUGAGGUCAGAUCAGUCCAGUGCCAUACAUCACAUCACAUCACAUCACAUCACUUCACUACUAACACUAAUUGUGGCGGCUGGAUUUGCAGGGUUGGACGGCCGGCGGUGGGAUGAGAUGAGCAGCACCAUCUGGUCGCCAUUAGAAGGCAGCGUCGGGCCGCGGGGGUGCCUGUGCGCUGAGUACUGAACUGGAUGGCCAUGAGGGGGUGGAAGUGGAGCGGUGGAAAAUUGUGCCUGAUCCUCCCUCUGCUACUGGACCAGCGACCAUUUGGCAUAACAGACUAUUACUAUUACUUCACCGAACGAGCAGGCCUCGCACGCUGGGAGACCAGAGGGUCCCUUGUUGGUCAGAAACGGAAUAUUCACGGCUGCUGCAUAACUUCAAACUCGAGGCUCACCGGGACCCGUCUCUCCCCGCAGAACCCUGAGAAACACAUGGCUGCAGCUUGCAGGGUGCAGCGAUUGUGCACUGUGAUAGCCGACACUCGAGCUGCAGCUCCAGCGACGGUUCUGGAUUCGCAAAAUACUGUCUGUACUCAAUAGAGCAUCAUCAGCUCGAGUGCGGUCUCAGACUUCUUGGCAGUGGCCCUGGUGGUCCCAAGAGCGCAGAGAAUUGGCCCGCCGUUUGCUUUUUGGCGGGGUCUAGUCCACUGGUGGCAGAGCAGAGCAGAGCGACUUUUUCUGGGAGCAAGUCAGCCGCGUGCCCUUCACGGACCGAGCCUGUCGCUGCUCGCCAUGCUGCCACGGGCCCCCGUCGGUGUGGUGGUUGUACAGUAAUUGUGACGGUCCCAACUCCGGGUUACAGAUCCUC